CAAUUGGAAUUUACUGAAUCCAUCCCAAAUUGAGCCCAUGAAAUAGUAUACUCCUAUGGUCCUAUGUCAAUCAACAAACAAAACAAGCAAAUAACGACACACUUAGAAACAAAAAAACAAAACAAAGGAAAUAAAAAGCCAAAGUCCACAAAAAGAUAAAAUACGUUGCUAUAAAAGCCAAAUUGGCAACAAUCACAACCAUGUACUCAUCUCUAUAAUUCACAAUCUGUCUCUCAAACACACCUUCCCCUCUCUAUCCCACUCAAGACAGAAUAUGGAUUCACCAACACCACCCAAUAAUGAACAAAACCUUAACCUCAACAACCUAAAACCACUCAAAAUCUUAGGUAAAGGUGCAAUGGGAACCGUUUUCCUCAUUCAACAAAACAACAACUCCAACAUGGCACUCAAAGUAGUUGAUAAAUCCUCCACUCACGACGCCGAACGUCGCGCCCGUUGGGAAAUCCAAGUCUUAUCAACUCUGUCCCACCCAUUUCUCCCCUCGCUCCUGGGCUCAUUCGAAACAGCUCAGUUAUUAGGCUGGGCUGUUCCGUAUUGCUCAGGAGGCGAUCUCAAUGUCCUCCGUUACCACCAAACGGAUCAUGUCUUCUCAACAACAGUUAUCCGUUUCUAUAUAGCAGAAAUUCUCUGCGCUCUCGACCAUCUUCAUACAAUGGGCAUCGCUUAUCGUGACCUUAAACCAGAAAACGUUCUUAUUCAACAAUCUGGCCACGUCACCUUAACUGAUUUUGAUCUAUCACGUAAACUCUCUCACAAAACCGUUAAAAUUGAAACCAUCGAUAACAGUAUCCAUGAAACUCGCCGUAAAACUCGGCGGUGGCGGAUCCCACUGACGGAACCUAACGGAAAGAUAGCGCGAGUUAUUCCGGUGAGUCGACGCGGUGUGAGUUUCUCCGACGGUGAAAGGUCUAACUCGUUUGUCGGUACGGCGGAGUACGUCGCGCCGGAGGUUAUACGCGGCGACGGACAUGAAUUCGCGGUUGAUUGGUGGGCGUUUGGAGUUUUAACUUACGAGAUGUUGUAUGGGAAAACGCCGUUUAAGGGGAAGAAUAAGAAGGAAACGUUUCGAAACGUGCUUUUCAAGUCGCCGGAGUUUGUUGGAAGAAAAACGGCGUUAACGGAUUUGAUCGAACGGUUGUUAGAGAAAGAUCCGUUGAAGCGAUUUGGUUAUGGUGGUGGAGCUAGUGAGAUAAAAGAGCAUGAGUUUUUUAGAGGGGUAAAAUGGGAAAUGCUGACGGAGGUUGUACGGCCGCCGUUUAUUCCGUCAAAAGAUGACGGUUAUUUAACGCCGGAGAAAUUUGGUGAGGGAAUAGUGAAUAUAAGUGAUUAUUUUGAGAAGUUGAAAUCUCCGGCGGUGGUGUUGCCGUCUUCGCCGUUACGGUCACCGUCUUCUGAGUUUCGGGAUGGUGUUUCUUUUGAUGAGUUCUGACGCACGUGUGGGGUUUUGCACGUGUGAUGAGACGGAGUUAGUUAUAUUCUUUUUUUGUAGUUGAACAAUUUGCAUAGAGAAUAAUGGUAGAACGUGAAGAAGCGGCGUUAGUGUAAUACUCAUUACUUGGAAUUUUGUGGUCACAAGUUAUGUAUACUAGUACAAAAUACGUAUAUAGAAUUGUACAAUACUACUGUGUAUACCUAAAAAAAAUUGUACAAUACUAUUCUUUAUACCUACUCCCUUCAUCCCAAAAUAUAAGAAUUAGUUUGACUAUUGUACGUAUGUCAACGUACAAUUUUGAUAAUUAAUAUUUUUUAUUAUA